GGCGCUUCAUACUUACACCUCAUCUAUAUUUUGAAAACCCAGUCCGAAAAUGCAGGCCCUCCAGACUCAGCAGAAGGUUGCGAAGUCGUCGCAGGCGCGCGUGCUUGUGCCCGCUGGCCUCGGUCGCCGUUGCCUGCCUGUUCGCCCCGCCUUCAGCAGCGCGAAUGUCCAGAAGGUGGCCAACCGCGCCGCGGCUCUGCGUGUGCGCGCGACCGAGGAAUCUGUUGAGGUGAAGCCUGUGGCGUCGACCAGCGAGUCGUCUGAGCCCGAGUGGGUGCCCGUGUGCAAGCCAGAGGACCUCCCCAAGGGUGUGCGCAAGGAGGUGGAGGUGGACGGCCGCCAGGUGCUCAUGUUCUGGUACCGCAACCAGAUUUACGCCAUCGAGGCCCGCUCCCCUGCCGAGGGCGCCUACAGCGAGGGCUUCAUCAAGGCCAAGUUCACCCAGGACUACGCCAUCGAGUGCCCCUCCACCGGCUCGCUGUUCUCGCUCAAGGACGGCUCUAUCCAGGCCUGGUACCCCAACAACCCCGUGCUGCGCACCCUCACGCCCUCCCAGUUCUGCCGCCCCCUGGAGAUCUACCCGGUCAAGCUGGCCCAGGAGGCCAUCUACGUGGACGUGUCGGACUCGCGCUACAACAACGCCGUGACGCGCGGCCGCGGCGGCGCCGGCACCUCGGCCGAGAACAACAACGUGUUCACGGUGCAGCCCACGGUGUACUUUGAGGGCAUGGACCCCACCAAGGAGGCCGCCUCGCUGCUGCAGGACGGCAACACGGGCGAGGGCACUAACCCGGUGGUGGUGCUGACGGGCAUUGUGGCGGUGGGCAUGACGGCGGUGGCAGGCACGGCGUUUGCCAUCUACUACGAGAACCUGACGGCGCUCAUUGCAUUCUGGGUGGUGCUGGGCCUGGGCGUGGGCGUGGCCGGUUUCCAGUACGUCAACAAGCAGUUCAAGAGCGACAAGGCCUAAAAGGGCCUUCGUGGAGUUGGUUGUUGUGAGUCAAGAGAGCUUGGGGCUAUGAAACAUAAUGCAGUAUUGUAGAUAUACAAGCUGAUGGGUAGGGUUUGAGCGGUAUGCGCUGGCGAGCGGCCGGAGCACAGGGCGCUCGACAACUUGGUUUAGGGGUAGGACUUUUGGAAAUGUGCGGCAAGCACAUAGUAGAAAAGUGGCUGCGGCGACGCACCUGUAUCAAACUGAAUCGGGAACGGCCGGCUGUGAGCGUGGCGCGAGAGGCCGUAAGCAUGCCGUGUCGGUUGUGCUUGUGUGUGAUUGUGCGGGUCUGUGUGUGAGAUCACGAGGCGCUAGUUUUUUUGGUCAAGGCGCUGUUUUGAUGCGUGGAUGGGUGCUGUCGUAAUGUGGACAAGGAGCACUGGUCUAGUGAAGGCGUAGCCAGGCUUGUGUGAGAAACCACCUGGGGUGCUGAGUCUUUAUUUGUGCACCCCUGACACGCGAAUGUGUUUUGGACUUGGCGCAGACGUCCGCUAGCAGAGAAUUCAUUUGGUGCCGUGGUGCAUGCAGACGAGAGAGACACAUGAAACAUGGACAUGACGCAAAGAGAGAGAUGGUCUGGCACGGAACAGACUGGGCGAUCAGACGUGAGAGAGAGGCCUACACGGGGCGCCACAGGGGUCCACAUUGCCCCUCCCUGUAAUCGGGUGAAGAG